AAGAUAGACAGGGAACAUCCAACAACGACAAAAAACUCUCUUGUCUAGGAAGUUACCUAGAAACCCCUCUCUUUCCAUUUCUCACUCUCUCUUCUUCUCUUCUUCUUCAAUCUCUCUCCAAACAUGAAUCCUCCUCACAAAACGGAAACUGAUCUCUUCCAUAACCACCAUGACCUGGUCCCGCCACUCCCUCCUCCUCCUCAUCAGAUCAUCAUCCCAACUCCUCAAACCCAAUCACAACCGUCCAUUCAAGACGACCUUUCUCUCCCCGAAAUCGUCCUCUUCUGUUCCCCGUCCUCCCCCGAUAACUCACCGAGUCAAUCCUCCUCCGACAACGACGACUCCCUCAGUCACCACCAAAACAACCUCCACCACAACUCCAAUCGUAUCCACAACCCUCACGCGCCUGCCUUUAUUAACCCUGAGCCACACAUAUCCACACAGUUCUACACGUUCAACGCUGACUCUCACACUCUUAUGAUCCGUUGCAUACUCGAGCAGCGCCUCGCCACUCCCGACGAGAUCCGGGCAGCGACGCCGUGCACGGUGUUGAAAUCGUGGCGGAAUGUCUGGAAAGAUAGGAACGAAGACACCGCUUACCUAACGGGAUGGAAAAGGAUUCAGGAGAAGUUAAUUGCGCAUGUGGACCCUACAUCUGGUAACGAAUUUCUCUGUUUUAAAAAUAAUUCACAGCAAUUUGUUUCUCACAUUGAUCAAUGGCAAGAUAUAGUUACUAGUUUCCACGGCGACGCAGAUUUAAAACAUUUAGGGUUAAGAGAAACAAUAGAGAGAAUUAAACAAGUUUGGACUGUAGGUGCUAAGUUUUAUGGAAUACCGGAGAGUUUUAUUAGGGUUUGUGUUGCUGCCUGUCCGGUCUGUUCCACGAGCGAGGGUUCUAAUUCGCGGAAUAAACGUAGGCGUUUUGAGUACACCGAGUCAUUUGAUGUGCCUGCGAAGGAAGUUCCAACGAAGUUACAGCAAUUAGCAGCAAAACAUAAGGUUGUGCUUUGUAUUAGGCAGAAAUAUAUUAGGUAUAAACCAUUUAUGGCAGAGGUUAAGGAUUAUGCCUGCCAUAGGGCGGGUGAGCCAGUUGCAAAGAAGUCAAGGAUGUUGAAAAGAGAGCCUUAUGCGUCAAAGAGGUGUGGGUGUGGCUUUAGGAUUAGGGCGAUUGUUCCAAUUACGAAUUAUAAUGAGAAGGAUAAGACUUUUGUGUAUCAAGAAGAGGGGAUGGCAAUGUUUAAGUUGUAUGCAGUGCAUUCAGGGCAUGAACCGGGGCCAUUGGAUGGGAAUGCGAGGAUAAUACAUCGGGUUGUUGGGCAUAAAGGUGGGUUUAUGAUGGAUCAAGAAAUGGUUUAUGGGGUACGCGAGGAUGUGGACAGUGAAGGUUUUGGUUUGUUGGGGAAGGAUGAUGGGGAAUUUCAACUUUCAGUUUUGCAGCAGGUGCAAGAGUUGAGAGCUGAAAUUGGGUUAUUAGAAGGGAGAUUGAGGAAAAUCCCAAGUGAAUUGAUGGGUUCAGUGGCUCAGGAAUUGUGUGAUGUUGUCAACAAAGUUAGGAGCAUUGGGGAUGAGAGUUCAAAGACAAUAGGGUUGCUUUCGCACAAGUCUCAUUCAGAUGAUGUGUUAGUGGGGGGAAAUGAUCUGGCUCACUGGACUGAUCACCAUGAACGGCUAUACAAGGAGACAGAAUUGAUCGAAGAUGAUGAAGAUAGUUUUGGCCGGACACUUGGGGAUGUUGUUCCCUGGGACCAGAUGAGGGCAGAGUGUAGGAGUGAGAAGGACCUGUUGAGUGAGCCGUCUAAGCCUGAAAAGUGGUUGAAGUGCAGUGCUUUUGAUGAGAAGAGCAUUCUUGAUUGUGAAGAUACUAAACUAACCAAGCCCAUGAGACAUGAUGAGGGUAUAGUGACAGAUGUAGGUCUUAUACAGGUUGAUAGUUUCUACCAUGAGAAUCCUAAAUGGUAUGAUUCACCUUGUGGGUUGGACACCAGUGCAGAUUGUGAGGACAGUGAAUUCAGACAUGGGGAAAUUGUGUAGAGUCCUCAAGAGCCAGGUUAACCUGCUCUAACUUAGGGAUUGAGAUUAAAUCAUGCCCACUAUCCAUUCUGACAUCUGGAAGUGGGCUGUACAUUUAUGUAUACUGAAGAAUGGAGCUUCUCACAUGCUUCUGGGUAUCUUUUGUAUACUGCACUGUAAAUUAUGGCCAACUGGUCCGAUCUGCACGUACUUUAUUUAUAACUAUUUGUUAACAACUUUGUGGACCUUAAUUUUCAGCCGGUUCCUACGGGUAAUGCGUAUCUGUGAUGUGUUAAAAAUUAUUAUAUGUAAUUCUUUGAGAAUGUUUAUGUAUUAUAUACCCAAUCUUUCUUUCUAAUAUUAUUGCUUGAAGUUGUGUGAGGCUUCCCUCCCUCCCUCCCUCUGUCUCUGUAUUCUUUUCUUUGAUAAAAAGCUCUGAAACAUUAGCUUAAAAUGCUUUACUUCUCUGAAUUACAUAACCAGUAAUUAAGGCUGUUUUCUGGCUUGUUUGUUGUCCUAGCUGUUACGAUUGUCAUCAGUUGUGAAGCUCCUAGAACAUAAUUUCUAGAGGUGCAUAUAUCAUGUGCAUAGAAAGUCUACUAAAUCUAAUAUGUUCAUGGCCAAGUGGUUUCUUGCUGGACCCUCUAUUGUAUGAAGUUGUCAAUGAACUUGUAGUGGAUUCCUUUUAUGUGUUUAGUAAAAAGUGGCGCCCCUUAGCUUAUUUUUAUGGAAAUUUGAUGUACAGGCUUCUUGCAUCACUUGCACAAUGUAUAUUUGCGGUUUGCUUUUUGGAGGGUAUCUUUUUUUCCUUCUUCAUCUGCUUAUUUGUCCUUUUAACUGAAAGAAAAAAAAAUAAAAACAAAUCUUCGAUGGUCAGUCCAACCUUUGGAAAUUUCUAAAUCUUGGUGGUGUUAGUUCCUAUUACCACAUUAUUAACCAGAGAGCAGGAGUCAAGGAUACAUCCCUCACUCUUCCACAAUUAAUAGCUGUGUUCUCUUAAAAAUGGGUGCUGUUCUUUUUCUUCAAUCUCAGGAUAGUUAGUUUGAUUUCUUUCGGCAUUUAUUGUGAGUUGGUUCUUUGAGGUUCCUAUUUAAAAGUUUCUGAUCAGACAAUGAAAUUUUGUUCUCUAUACAUGAUACAGCAUUUUAUCAAAUUGAAGAAUUUUUCAAUUGUGGACAAUGCAUUCGGGAAAAGUUUUGCGCACGUGUGCACCAAGACUUUCAACAGUCUAUGCCACAAUCUAUAUUUUGCACUUGGAGGUUCAAAGAGCUGAAAUAUUAGCAUGAGCUAUGUAUUUGUGCAUGCAGACUGAGGCUCUCUACUGCUGUUUUGGCAACAUCAAAUACAUCAAAUUCAAUUCAAUUUACAAACAGCAUGUAUCUUAGAUUCUUUUUCAUAUGCUUUUAUCUUUUAUUGGUUCUGGAUCUGGAUAUCAUUCAGUAUCAUUUUGUCUUGAAACUUUUUAGCCUGUUCAAUAACAAAGAAAGUGGGAUUUUUUAGCUAAAUCUUGCAUUGAUGAUGUUAAAAUAGGAACAUGGUGUGUUCAUUAUUCAGAUCACUGAUAAGUUGUUCUUGUAGGUGUUCUUUUCCUGUGCAGUUUUUCUUAUAUGGUUUUAUCUAAAGGUUCAGAUCAUCGUGACAACUAUUUGCAGAAGUGUUUCAGUCUUCAGUACUGCAUUGAUCGGAUGCUUAUGAAUGAGGAGCAAUGACCUGAGCUUGCUCUCAUUUUUCCUAUGAAGAAUUUCAACCUAGGAAUCAAAAUGGCUAUGUGAACAGCUUAUGGAGGUCUGGCUUACAUGCCCAGCACCAGGAAGGCUUCUUUCUUGGCAUAUCCUUGCUACUAAAGCAGCUGGUAUGUUCUUUAACAAUUGAUUCUAAAUUUGGUCAGCAUCGUAUUCAUGGUAAAAAUGUCAUCAAAAUUUUCCUGAAAGAGUGGAGGUGGCUGUACACAUUGAUAUACAGGAUUUGCUGUUAUGCACACAAAUUUCUUAACAAUUUAUUUAUUGCUCAUGGCUUUCUGAAAUAAAUAGUCGUGAUGUGUUUAUCUAGAAA